CCCUUCUACCGACCACCACCUCGGUCUGUCUUCUAUCUUAUAGUCUUCGUCGACAGCAAUGAGCGACAAUACUCUCACGACUCCUCAGGAUGACGCAGAGCGUAUUCGCCUGAAGAGGCUAGCACGAUUGCAGAGUACAGCAGGCUCAGCCUCAAGUACGCCAGGCUCGGCGCCUACUCUUUCUACAUCGGCUGCCGCAUCAAUUGCAUCUCCGUCAAAGCUUUCUACAUCGUCACGCCCAGCGACAACAAAGAAACCAAUCUUCCCAGCAUCUCCCCCACCAGCGCCUUCUUCUGUACCAAUUAAGAAAAAGACCCCUGCAAGGUUCAGCGUCGACGCAUGGACUCACGAUACUGUCGCACACAUUCUGAAAGUCACGUUGGAGAAAUCGGUCGCAGAACACAGUGGUUACGAAAUUGUAUGGCUUAAGCAGUUGGCAGAAGAGAUAAAGGCGGAUGGAAUAAGUGCACAGAAACUCGAUGAAACCCUGGUUGACAGGCUCCUCAUAGCAAGACUUGAGAUAGACCCCUUGCAAAUGAGUGAUGACUUGGAAUACAUGCCCGUGCUUGCCAGUUUACCCCCGCAACAAACCGUAUUCGAAUAUCUGGUCGGCUGUUGGAAAAGACUGAAUGCCUCUCGCAGCACUUUAAUCAAGAAGGGUUACACGCCCGUCGAUACACAGAAUGCUUUGAACAAACUGGAGAAAAUUCGAGAUCUCAUAAUCAGUUAUGCUGGCCUGACAUUACAGGAGCCGGAGAUGUUCCCUCAGCCAUCUGGUCGUCCACUAGGUGCACCGGAGUUGGUUUCCCCUCUCUUGUCUCUCUCGGCUUUGUCAGCACCGCUGCUUUCAGGGCCUGUAUUUUCAUCAAACAUGCUCGAUCCUUCGGAUAUAGAGCAAUUCUUACAAGAUUUGGCGCGUCGUUUCGAACCAGACAACGAAAUCGAUGGCGUUCUUGGGCCUGUCGUCCAACAGCUUCUUUUCCACCCUUCACUGUUCCGACCGGAGGGUCUUGGUGGUGGAGAUGCCAGCUGGCGAGGUAUUGUCAGUGGACUUGAGGCUCUUGUGUCGGUUAAAGCUAUCGCAAACAUGAUCACAAGAAUGGAAGAAUGGAAUCCUCCAUCAGCGAGUGCUCCUACAUUUGAGACCACAUCUUUAAUGGGGCCAUUAUGCCGGUUGGGCGUCUUCUCGAGAGAAUGGCCGGGAAUCUCGCAAAGUUACUUCUCCGAUCCGGAGAAACGGUCCAAGGAUGAUAUUGAGUCAUCUUAUGCCAGUCUGCGAGGGACACUGAAGAUUCUUCAGUCCUCUCUUUUCCAAAUAUUUAAUACACUCGUUAGGGCUUCCUCUCAAUCGAGGGAAGCUGUGUUGGAUUAUUUUUCCAGAGUUAUUACUCUCAAUGUGAAGCGAGCUGGCAUGCAGGUUGAUCCUACUACUGUUUCCAGCGACAGCUUCAUGGUUAACUUACAAACGAUCCUCCUCCGAUUUGCUGAGCCUUUCAUGGAUGCCAACUACACCAAGAUGGACCGUAUUGAUCCACUAUACUAUGCGCACUCGUCCCGAAUUGACCUUCAGGAAGAAACUCGGAUCAAAGCUACCAGCAAUGAAGCCAAUGAAUGGGUCGAGCAGAAUAAGGUUCCCAAUGCGCCUCCUCCCAACUUCAUUUCUGACAUUUUCUACCUUGCCAUCGCAAUGAGUCACUACGGAUAUCAGCGAACAAUACAGUCCUAUACAGGACUAGGCAAGAACAUCGAAGAUAUGCAGCGUCAUUUGGAUUACCUAAACGGUGACGAAUCAUGGGUGGGGGGUCCCUUACAAUCCCGACGUGAAGCAGCCAUCAACGCAGUCAAGAUCGAAAUUGCAAAAAUCCGGGCGUCCGAAUUCGCAUAUCAAGCACAGCUAUUGGAUCCGGAACUUAUUAUACGGACUCUGGGAUUCACCAACUUUUUGUCGACAUGGUUAGUUCGUCAAGCGGACCCUAAGAAGACCCAUCCAAACUUGCAAAUAGAAUUGCCUCUGCCGAAGGAUGUUCCCAUGUCUUUCAGGGUGCUUCCGGAGUAUAUCGUCGAAGAUAUUGUCGAAUAUUUUCUAUUCGCUGUACAAUACUCUCCUGACAAGUUCGAUUUGUCAGGCAAGACCGAGUUGCUCAUAUUUGUCCUGACCUUCCUUUCUUCAACAUGGUACAUCAAGAACCCAUUUUUGAAGUCCAAAAUAAAUGAUGUCCUUUUCAUCGGCAUCUGGAACUUUGGUCGAGAACGAGACGGUGUCCUUGGAUUCCUUUUGAACACGCAUCCACUGGCAUUGAAGCAUCUCAUGUCAUCCCUGAUGCACUUUUAUAUCGAGGUUGAGCAAACCGGAGCCAGUUCUCAAUUCUAUGACAAAUUCAAUGCACGGAGGAAUAUAUCCUCAAUCUUGAAGGUGGUCUGGAACAACCCUGUUCACAGAGAGGCUCUAAAUAUUGAAGCAAAGAACGUUGAAAAAUUUGUUCGCUUCGUCAACCUGAUGAUCAACGACGUUACAUACCUUAUGGAUGAGUCGCUAUCGGAGCUAACCCAAAUACACAACAUCCAAGUCGAGAUGGAUGAUCAAGCCUGGAAUGAACAAACACAAGAGCAUCGCCGUGAAAGAGAGGGUGCUCUAAGCUCCUUGGAGCGCCACGCAUCCGGAUACAUCAGCUUAAGCAGGGCGACUGUGGAGCUUCUAAAGGUGUUCACGGCUGAGACGAAAGCACCGUUCAUGAUGCCUGAAAUUGUUGACCGCUUGGCGGCGAUGCUGGAUUAUAACCUCCAUGCCUUGGUUGGACCGAGAUGUUCUGAGCUGAACGUGCGAAACCCAGAAAAAUAUAGGUUCAACCCUAGAGAGCUUCUCAGCGACAUUUUGCAAGUGUUUAUAAAUCUCAGUGACCGAGAUGAGUUCGUCAAGGCAGUCGCUAAUGACGGACGAAGCUAUAGCAAGGAGCUAUUUGAAUCGGCUCAAGCAACCGCACUUCGGCGUGGUCUGAAGGUGGAGGCAGAAAUACAAAUAUUGAGAGGUUUUGUUGAAAGAGUGGAAGCAGCGAAGGCCGUCAUGGAAGCGGAGGAGGAACUGGGAGAUGUACCGGACGAAUUCCUAGAUCCCUUAAUGUACACGGUCAUGCGAGAUCCUGUUAUUCUUCCAUCUUCCCGUGCGAUUGUCGACCGAUCGACAAUUAAAUCGCAUCUACUGUCAGAUUCCAAGGACCCCUUCAACCGGGUGGCGCUUAGUAUUGAAGACGUUAUACCAGAUACGGCGCUGAAAACGAGGAUAGAGGCCUUCUUGGCGGAAAGACGGAAGAAAACGAGCAGCAGUUCACAUCCAGAAGGUGUCGCUGAUAUCCAAGUAGAUUCAUGAGUUCUGUGCUGCCCGAUUGUAUGAUAAAUGUACACUGAAUGAAGCCUCGUAUGGCGUACAUUGUACCAUAAUAUCAAACUUUAGCAAAAGACCUU